AGCCGCGUGCGCUGCUAUAAAAGCCUCUGUGCGGGACGCUUGCAUCACUCCAGAGGACUCUCACCUCUGGCAGCAGGAUCCCCCCCCUCAGGCCUCCUGCUUUCUUUCUGGUCUUUGCUCUUUUCCUGCCGCACGAUGCUAGCAGCACUCCACCGCCUCUGCGUGCCUCCUUUGGGCCUCCCCAGAAACCCACGGCUCUUCUGCUGGCCGGAGGAUUCCCACCCCCCUGGCUACCACAGGGUUCACGUAGCUUCUGGAAAGCUGUACCCCACUCCCCUCGAAGGGAAAGUGGCCAGGCCCUAUAGCGAACUGCCGGGCAACUGGAGGACCAACUGGUUCAACCUGUACUUCUUCUGGAAAGAAGGCGGCUUCCAAAACGUCCACAACAUCAUUGUGCACAAAUUCCAGACAUUGGGGCCCAUCUACAGGGAGAAGCUGGGCACCUACGACAGCGUCAACAUCAUUGACCCAGCGGACGCAGCGACCCUCUUCAGAGCGGAAGGCCGGAACCCGGAGCGCUUCGUCGUGCCCCCGUGGGCCGCCUACCGCGACUUCCGCAACAAGCCCUAUGGCGUGCUGCUCAAGAACGGGGAGGGCUGGCGCCGCGACCGCCUCGUCCUGAACAAGGAAGCCCUGGCCCUGCAAGUGAUCGAGAACUUUGUGCCCCUCCUGAACGAGGUGGGGGAGGACUUUGUCAAGAGAGCGAGCGUGCAGAUCCAGAACUCCGCCCAGGGGAGAUGGACAGCCGACCUCACCAACGAACUCUUCCGCUUCGCCCUCGAGUCCGUGUGCAACGUCCUGUACGGCACGCGCCUGGGCCUCCUGCAGGACCACAUUGACCCCGAGGGGCAGCGGUUCAUUGACGCCAUCACACUGAUGUUCCACACCACCUCGCUGAUGCUGUACAUCCCGCCCAGCCUCCUGCGCAAGAUCAAUUCCAAGACUUGGCAGAACCACGUGAGGGCCUGGGACGUCAUCUUCAAGCAUGCUGACAAGUGUAUACAGAACAUCUACCGAGACCUCCGUUUGAAGCGGAAGAGCGCCGAAGAAUAUACAGGCAUUCUGUCCAGCCUUUUAUUGCAGGACAAGCUACCCAUCGAGAACAUCAAAGCCAGCAUGACGGAGAUGAUGGCAGGAGGGGUGGAUACAACCUCGAUGACUCUCCAGUGGGCCAUGUAUGAAUUGGCCCGAGCGCCAGCCCUGCAGGAGCAGCUGCGGGCAGAGAUUUUGGCAGCCAAGGCGUCUUCCCAGGGGGAUGUCCUCAAGAGGCUGAAAUCCGUUCCACUGCUCAAAGCCACCAUCAAAGAAGUCCUGAGGCUCCACCCAGUUGCAGUGACAGUGCAAAGAUACACGACGGAAGAGAUCAUCCUUCAGAAUUACUUCAUUCCUGCCAAGACCUUAGUCCAAGUAGGGAUUCAUGCAAUGGGCCAGGAUCCCAGGUUUUUCACAAAGCCUGAGCAAUUCAACCCCGGAAGGUGGCUGCAGAAGGACUCCAAGCACUUCCGAAACCUGGGCUUUGGCUUCGGGCCGCGCCAGUGCCUCGGCCGCCGGAUCGCUGAGCUGGAGAUGCAACUCUUCUUGAUCCACAUGCUGGAGAACUUCAAGAUCGAAACCAAGAGGGGCGUGGACGUGGGGACCAUUUUCGACCUCCUCCUGAUCCCAGACAAACCAAUCUACUUGACGCUUCGGCCUCUCGACCCCUAAUCCAUGAGCAGAGAGGGCCUUCCCAUCAGCCUUUGAGGCAAGAUAGGUUAUGAGGACCCAACGACCCUGAGGCACAACGGGAGCUGCCACGCUUGCCCCUCUCUGCAAAUGUCUCUUGGGUUCCGGAGGCAGCUUGCUCCCGAGUAAGACAAAUAAGGCACCAGCACUGAGAGAAGGAAUUUGGGGGGUGGGAUGGGGCAAAGACUUCUCAGCUCUCAGACUUGCAAUACAAUUGAGGCAAGGCAAGGGGAGGCCUCCACUGGCCAGGUCUUCCUGUCGCCUUAGGGCCAACGUAGACGUGGUGGCGGCAGCAGACUUAAAAACCUAAGAAGAGCCCUGCUGCAUCAGACAGAAGAUCCAUCUAGUUCAGCAUCCUGUAUCCCACAAGACCAACUUGGAAGCCUUUGGGGAGCCCACGAGAAGGGCAAGUCGCUGCCCUGAACGGUUGGCUUCCUCCACUACAACAGUUGCUGUCCCCCCCCCCCCCAAACCCCUUCUCUUCUUUAAGCCCCAAUCCUGGAAAAGAGCUCAGCACGUCAGAACAUAAGAACAGUCUGGUGGAUCAGCGCAAAGGCCCACCUAGUCCACCGUUCCAUCCACACAGUUCCCAAGCAGAUGCUUAUGGGAAACCCAUGAGUAGACCUAAACACAGUCACACCUGUUCGGAGUCCUACUGACUUGGAUCCUGGAGGGAGCAGAGCGCCAUCCUGACUGGCAGCCAGGCCUCGCGUAAGCGGAGGCCGUAGGGCGACUACUGGUCAUGUGAGAAAGUCCUUUCUUCGGUUUGACCUGAAUCUCUCACCAGUCAGCUUCGUUGUAGGAGCCCUAUUGGGUUCUAAUAGUAUGGGAACAGCGAAGUUUCUCGCUGUCCACUUGCUCCACACCAGGCAUUAUGCACCUUCCGCCAUGUCCUCCCUUCCUUGACCUUUUGCCAAGCAAAAACACCGCAGCCUUUCCAGGUGAGCUCCGGUGGAGGCAAGAACACAGCUGGUGAGCCUCGGCGGCUGCUUCCUAGCCUCCCAAGGCGACGCUCGGGCGAAGCUUGGCUUGACGUAAAUAGGGAGAAUGGGGGAGAAAUCAACUUGCAUUUCAUAGAAUCAUAGAAUAGCAGAGUUGGGAGGGGCCUACAAGGCCAUCGAGUCCAACCCCCUGCUCAAUGCAGGAAUCCACCUUAAAGCAUCCCUGACAGAUGCUUGUCCAGCUGCCUCUUGAAGGCCUCUAGUGUGGGAGAGCCCACAACCUCCCUAGGUAACUGAUUCCAUUGUCGUACUGCUCUAACAGGAAAUUUUUCCUGAUGUCCAGCUGGAAUCUGGCUUCCUUUAACUUGAGUCCAUUAUUCCGUGUCCUGCACUCUGGGAGGAUCGAGAAGAGAUCCUGGCCCUCCUCUGUGUGACAACCUUUGAAGUAUUUGAAGAGUGCUCUCAUGUCUCCCCUCAAUCUCCUCUUCUCCAGGCUAAACAUGCCCAGUUCUUUCAGUCUCUCUUCAUAGGGCUUUGUUUCCAGACCCCUGAUCAUCCUGGUUGCUCUCCUCUGAACACGCUCCAGCUUGUCUGCGUCCUUCUUGAAUUGUGGAGCCCAGAACUGGACGCAAUACUCUAGAUGAGGCCUAAGCAGGGCCGAAUAGAGAGGAACCAGGACCUCACGUGAUUUGGAAGCUCUACUUCUAUUAAUGCAGCCCAAAAUAGCAUUGGCCUUUUUUGCAGCCAUAUCGCACUGUUGGCUCAUAUUCAGCUUGCGAUCUACAACAAUUCCAAGAUCCUUCUCGUUUGUAGUAUUGCUGAACCAAGUAUCCCCCAUCUUGUAACUGUGCCU